GCGGGGGGCGGUGCGGCUGCGGCGGCGCUGGUGGCGGUGGCUGCGGCGGGGCGCGCCGGGAUCGCAGCGCUCCGCUCCCGCAGGAAGCGGCCCGGGGCGGGGCGGCCGCUCGCAGCCAUGCGGGGCCCGGCGCGCUGAGCCUGCCCCGCCGCCCGCCCCGGCCCCGGCCCCGGCCCUGGCCCCGCCGCGCCGCACGAUGGAGGAGGAGAGCAUUAAGCAGAGUUCCCGAUCCUCUGACACAGCUGAAGAUGAAAAGGACCAGUGCACAGUGACAGUCAACCCCUCUCACAUGAGAAAAGCAUUCAAGGUCAUGAAUGAAUUGCGGAGCAAACGGCUGCUGUGUGACGUGGUGAUUGUGGCUGAAACCGUGGAGAUGGAAGCGCACCGCGUGGUGCUUGCAGCCUGCAGCCCUUACUUCUGUGCGAUGUUUACAGGAGACAUGUCUGAAAGUAAAGCCAAGAAGAUUGAGAUAAAAGACGUUGAUGGGCAGACCCUGCGGAAGCUCAUUGAUUACAUCUACACUGCCGAGAUCGAGGUCACGGAGGAGAACGUGCAGGUUUUGUUGCCAGCUGCUAGUUUACUGCAAUUGAUGGAUGUUAGGAAAAACUGCUGUGACUUUCUUCAGUCCCAGCUGCAUCCCACAAACUGCCUUGGAAUCCGAGCUUUUGCCGACGUGCACGCGUGCACCGAACUGCUGCAGCAGGCGAAUGCCUACGCAGAGCAGCACUUCCCUGAGGUGAUGCUAGGAGAAGAAUUUCUUAGCCUUAGUCUGGACCAGGUUUGCAGUUUAAUAUCAAGUGACAAGCUCACCGUCUCGUCUGAAGAAAAGGUCUUUGAAGCGGUUAUUUCUUGGAUAAAUUAUGAGAAGGAAUCUCGCUUAGAGCACAUGGCUAAACUGAUGGAGCAUGUUCGCCUGCCCCUUUUGCCCAGAGAUUAUCUUGUACAGACAGUUGAAGAAGAAGCUUUAAUCAAGAAUAACAACACCUGUAAAGACUUCCUUAUCGAGGCCAUGAAAUAUCAUUUGCUUCCUCUGGAUCAAAGGCAACUGAUCAAGAAUCCCAGAACAAAGCCGAGGACUCCCGUUAGCCUGCCAAAGGUGAUGAUCGUGGUGGGCGGGCAAGCACCCAAAGCCAUUCGCAGUGUGGAGUGCUAUGAUUUCGAGGAGGAGCGGUGGGAUCAGGUUGCUGAGCUUCCCUCCCGGAGAUGCAGAGCAGGUGUGGUAUUUAUGGCUGGCAAUGUUUAUGCUGUCGGGGGCUUCAACGGCUCUUUAAGGGUACGGACGGUUGACGUGUACGAUGGCGUGAAGGACCAGUGGACAUCCAUAGCCAGCAUGCAGGAAAGACGAAGCACUUUAGGCGCAGCCGUGCUCAAUGAUCUCCUGUAUGCAGUGGGCGGCUUUGAUGGCAGCACUGGUCUGGCAUCAGUUGAGGCCUAUAGCUAUAAAACCAAUGAGUGGUUUUUUGUGGCUCCCAUGAACACAAGAAGAAGCAGUGUUGGAGUUGGAGUUGUGGAGGGGAAGCUCUAUGCCGUGGGGGGUUACGAUGGAGCAUCCCGUCAGUGCCUUAGUACCGUCGAGCAGUAUAACCCGGCCACCAACGAGUGGACCUAUGUAGCUGACAUGAGCACUCGGCGCAGCGGGGCAGGUGUUGGUGUUCUCAGUGGGCUGCUGUAUGCUACAGGAGGGCACGACGGUCCCUUAGUAAGGAAGAGUGUGGAAGUCUAUGAUCCAGGAACAAACACGUGGAAGCAAGUAGCAGACAUGAAUAUGUGUAGAAGAAAUGCAGGUGUGUGUGCGGUGAAUGGUCUCCUCUACGUGGUGGGAGGAGAUGAUGGUUCCUGCAAUUUGGCCUCGGUGGAAUACUACAACCCCAUCACGGACAAGUGGACGUUGUUACCAACCAGCAUGAGCACGGGGAGGAGUUAUGCAGGCGUGGCUGUGAUUCACAAACCCUUGUGACACAUGAUCAAGCCAGUGUGAGGAGCAGAAGUGAAGUGGAUCCAGCUAGGUGGUGUUGGGAAGUUGACUGACCUCUGACUUGACCCAUCUCAUUGCUAUUGAUGUCUUAGCAUGACAAGUGAUACGUUCCAAACAUCAUCUGCUCGGCGGUGGAUCACGUAGCAAAGCGAAAAUCCCUCUGGGGACAUGUUCCAUGCUAGACACGAGGUGUUGCUUGUUAUCUGUGGUGCAAUCAACUGUUCUUCUCAAUGGCUAGUGUCCUGAGAUAAAUACUGUGCCUGAACUGCAGGCACUGAACUUCUUGUGUGAAAGAAAACUGCUACGAUCGGGCACGUGAGUAAAAAUGAACAUUUUGGAUUUCUUCACUACUGAUGCUCCGUGCACAAUAUCGGUUGAACUACUUACUGUGCCUGGAGGGUGGACUUUACUACUGGGAGUGGAAGCUUCUGAGUACCAACUGAGAAAAGCAGUCAGCAGAAAUGAACUGGAACAGGGUGCUCUGGCUUGAGUGUGACGCUGUCUCAGUCAUACGUUUGUAUAUGCCACUGGACUACUGUAUGUAUCCCUGAAAUGCUUGUCAUGUGGUGGAAAUAAAUACCAUGUGAUUUUUCUACUUGCCAUGAAUGCUGUUUGCUGUACAUGAUGGGACCUGCUGGGCAGUGCCUUCCCUGGGGCUGAACCACACAUAACUUGGCAACCCCACAAAACAUGUGCUGCUCCGAUGGGGUUUAUUGCUCUUGUGAAACAAAUGUUGCUUGAAUAGAAAGUAUUCCCAAUCCAUGUAUUUCAGCUGUGCUGAAAGCCCCAGUUCUAGCUCUGUCCAGCAUCUCAAUGCCAUUUCAUAAUAGAGCAUUUAGAUGUUAAAAGAAAUACCUUAUGGUGCCAUUAAUGUAAAGACAUUACAUAGUGAGAGCCCUCUGUCACCCAAGCAGGGAUUAAUGAGCCAAGCAAAGUACCUGCAGUGUUCUAAUGCUUCCAGAGAUGGAGAUUAACUAAUCACUGUCACUGUAAUUGCUAUUUUUAUCUUGCCCGUACUGAAGGUGUCCUCCUAGUAUGAAAAAUUCAUAAGAUUAUUGAAACCAGACAAAUCUAAAUCCAGCUAUAAGGUAGCUGUCUUACCUCCCAGAUUCUUAGAGCUUUCUGUUUAAGGUAUUUGACUUUAAUAUACCUUUCUGUGUCUCCUUGUGAGCUCUGGCAUGCUUCAGCAUACAGGGGUGGGCUCCCAAAAGACUCCCAAGCUAAAGGGACCUAAUGAGUAUUUUCUCUUCUCUUUUGUUGUUGCUUUUUUGUUUUCCCCCCUGUAAAUCAGCUGAGGCUUUUUGUAGUGGGCAGCUGGCCUGCAGGACCAAAUCUGCCCCUGUUAGUGCUGAGCCCCAGCACCUACCAGUGGUGUUCUGCUGGUUUCUUUCUCCGUAGAUCUGCUAUCAACAAGAUUCCAUGCGGCCUUCUACAGGAGGAAAGAAAAAUACUUACUAAUUUAUUUCAGAGGGGUCUAAGGCUACAUCACCUUGUGCAGCUUUUGCAGAGGAGUGGGUUACUUCUGUAAAUAAGUAGAUUUUUAGUUGACAUGGUCCUUGUAAGAUGGGUGCCUGUGGGGAAAACAGCACCUACCUUUGCUGUGUCACCUCCUGAAUGGGCUGACCUUCAUGGGGAACAUUAGGUAGCACCCAUCCACUCCUCUUUGGAUGCUCUUGUUGUUACAAACAAAAGCUAACUGUCUGAAGAAAUGGCAGUAUUAUUCUUGAUGUCCCCCUUCCAUUGUAUGUCAGCUCAGAGGUCUUGAAAAUAAUAAUUAAAGAAAAUCAGUCUCUUCUGUAACACCCUUUAAACUUUGCUUUGGGUUCUACAAUCUGCAGUGAAAUGUGCCAAAGCAGUAAUAUGACAUGCUGCUCUUCUACGAGGCACAGCUUGCUCUAAAAGCUGUUGAGGCUGGUAGGAAUGUGUCCCUGACUGCAGCUGCCUUCAGGUCAGAGUCCUGAGAUGCAUCUUGACAGUGACAUAUGCAAGGUGAUGCCUUGGUUUUGGGCUGACAAAUUCACUGCCCCAAAAGCAAACACCAGAAGGUGUUUCCCUUUCGUCAAGUCCAUUGGAAUAGAGGCUAAAAUGGGACAGGCAAAAUGUUUUGGUCAGAGUUAGCAUCUCUUGUUAGGCUGAGAUGACAAGGAUUAAGGGUGGUGGGGUAUUUGGGCACACAUGGCCCUCAGAUGUAGGGAACGUAAAGCUAAAUAGCUACUAUAUAGCCCAACUACAGCUCAAUAGUUGGGAAGUUACCAGGUAACCUUCUCGCACUCAUGGCAUCAUCAUGGAGCAAAGGCAAGUACCCAGAGACUAAGAGUUUAUGUGGGCUAGAGAUAAAAGCUUCUAGAUAGUACUAGAGAGAUGCAAGUUGUCCUAUUUGUCACAUGUGAAAGGUGGAUAUACCUGAAGGCUGGAUAAUUUUCCCCCUGCUAUAUAUCUCUUUAUAAACCUUCCUUGCCUAUAAGGAAAAAAAGGGUUUUGGUGUUUUUCUGCUAUUGUAAAAUGGCAUUUCUGCUCACUGCUGGCCUAGACCUGUUGCUUGCUGGACAGGGCUGGGCUCAGAGCCCUUGCUAAGGAUGAAUGAGGGUGUUCCUGGCUGCAGCCAGUUCUCGAUGGCAAAUGACACGUUUCUUCCUCUCCUUCUCAAACGUUGCAGUGUUAUGCAAGUCAAGUGACCUCGUUUUCCAGCUAUGCAAUAUGAACAACCAUAACUUGUGAUGAACCAGCUCUAUCCCCUCCUCCUGGAAAUGCUUUUUGAAUUUGUCUGUCUUUGGCGUGUGGUUUCAUGUUUGUAUCGUUACUUCUGAGCACCUGAGCCAGCUCCUUUACAGAUUGCCUUUUUCUAGGACUGAAAACGCAGCGUUAGUGAUAACAAAUUUCACUGUAAAUAUUUUUAUAAGACAAUUUGAAAUAACUUUUUGAUUGCUUUUUAUGGUCAUCAAUGACGCUUCUCUUCAAUUCUGGAUCCAGUUCUUACACCCAGUGCAGUUUUUGCUGGAUGUGAUGUAGGUGCGAAUCUGUUUUCUGCACAAGAAAUCACAUGUUGUAACUAAGAUCUGGGUUAGCUCUGAUGUUGGUAUUAGAAGGACAGCAUUGGGCUCAACAUUGUAGGAUAAAAUGAACUCCAUUACCUCAGUCACCAGUACGCUCUUAGAUUAUUAGUUAUUUUACCACCAUUUCAGUGCUCUGAUUUAGUUUUCUCGUGCCAUGUGUUUGUUUCCUGGUCAGCUUGGUGCGCAAGCUGUCUCUUGGUGGUUUGAUUUCUCAGCUCCAGCACGGUGCUGCUGGAGGAUGGAGGAUGCCAUAUACAGAACAGCGAGUGUGCAACCCCCCCAGGCUGCCAAAACCACUGAAAUUAUUACAGGAGGUGUUGUAAAAGCUUUACAAACCAAGCUCAGGCUCCUUCCCCUCAGUGGUCCUUUGUGAAUAUGAAGGCUUUCCUCAGCUCUCGCCUGUUGUUGGCUUUUUAGGGCUCACUGUGUGCUGAUCCCUUGCGGGAUCCUGGCCUUGGUUUUCCCAAAGGUGACUUCGCUCUUGAGGAGAAAGCAUCCCCAGGGAUGUGCACGCACAAACUCAACAGCAUCCAUGGGGGGGGACGCACGCUGCUGGGUUUGCGAAAGAGCCCAGUGUAUGUAAAGCGGGGCCAGAUUCGCCUCAAGCAAUCUGUUGUUUCAACAAGUUUGAAUCCAGCCCAUCUUUUCCAUUUGUGCCUAAUAGAUAAAUUGGGAGUGAUUAAAACCAAUUUUCGGUUCUUUCAGUUUAGCCAAAUACUUUUUUUGUACAGAUGUGUACAGCACUGUAAUUACCAUAAAUACACUUGGCAGCAUUUGCAUGACACCACCAUGAAAGCUUAAUGCUGUUCUCCUCGUUCGUAGUGUUUGGAGACCAAAACCCUUAAUAUCCAGCAAGGUGUGAUAUUCAUCAAGCUAACAUGAUGGUUCAACAGAUAAAUGCAGCUUCUUUUAACCUUUGGGAUUUGUUACUAAUAAACUGUAGUGUCAAAGCAGUUGCCCCCAUAGCUUAACAUCACGCCCCCAAGUCACAUUCACAUGAGCAUAAGUUGUUGCUCAAAGCUACAGUGUUUGGGAGUGUCCUAGACAGGAUAGUCUGGAAAUAAGUUAAUUUGCUUUUUUUCUCUGCCUUUAUCUUUGUUUAUGGGUCUAUAAAUUAUUUUCCUCUACAAUGACAAUAAAUGAAUACUGAGAGUUUUUAUUUGUAUAUUUUCUGUAUGAAACCCUCUGAAGGGUAAUGUAUGAUUGUGAAAUAAUUUACCUGGGUGUGAAAUCCUUUGAUUCUGUAAAGCAGACUCGGUGGGUUCAGUACCUGACACUAUAACAGAAUGAAUUGGUUGAAUGUUUAAGCUCAUUUUCUUAAUUAAAGACUUUUUUGCAUGAGUGUGAAGGACCAAGGACUGCAAAGUCAUUCUCUUGGCAACUCUCUUGUCCAGUGUGACGAACGACUCGAGAACCAGUCUUCACUGACAUAUUUAUAUUAUAAAAGAAAAUCAUGUUGUAGUUCCCCAUUCUUUAAUUUGAAUAAAAACUGGGCUAAUGAAA